GAAUAUUGCACAAUGUGACCCGCUUCCCCCCCUCCCCGAUAACCAGUGUAUAAAUGCCUCGUUUACAGGUGGUUCCAGCAGUCAGCAUCAACAUUUGGUUGUGUUCCCCGUUUCUGCCCCUGUAGAAGUAACUAGUGUUGAUGAGGAUGAUCCUGGUGGCUCUGCUGGUGCCUCUACUGGUUCUGUCCAGCGCUGGACAUACAUCAGGUACGAUUGUCACCAGCUGCGAGGCAUGUCACGAACAAGCCGUCUGCCACACCUCCCCCAUGACAGGUGACAUCACAUGCACCUGUAAGAAGGGCUUCUCCGGAGACGGCCUCAUCUGUUUACCUGGCCACACCUCCACCGCCGACCACCACCACGCCCCUCGCCGUGUCCGCCGCUCCUACCCCACCUCCACCUCCAACACCAACCUUGCCCAUGUCCGGUUCAGCUGCGGCUUCAACGAGUGCGCCGACGGGGAGGACUGCAUCACGGUCGCCGGCAUCCAGCAGUGCUCCAACCCCUGUAAGAUCUACACGGUCCUGAACGACGCCUGGCGUUCCACCAACAACCACGUGGGCAACAAGCACUGCGACCGCAACGUCCGCUGGGACGGCUAUUACCGCAUGUUCAUCGGCAACCAGAGCGUGUCCAUGCCGGACAGGUGCGUGGAUUCCUUCCAGUGCGGCACCCAGGCUCCCUUGUGGCUGGCGUUUCCUCCCCCCCAGCAGGUGGAUGAAAUUGUCCAGAGUGCAGUCUGCGCCAGCUUCAAUGGGGACUGCUGCUGGGUGCAGUCUCAGCCCAUCCACGUCAAGGCAUGCCCUGGGAACUACUUUGUGUACAAGUUCGUCAUGCCUCCCGGGUGCUACUUCGCCUAUUGUGCAUAUGUGUCAGCUCCCACCACAACACCAAAACCAGUCACAUCUACAGAAAUGCCAGUAGAGAACAAUCGCACCACAACAACAACACAGUCACAGGUUUCCACGACUACGCCAAAAGCAAUGUGUAGUACCUGCAGAGCGGGGAGACCUGCGUGA